AUGAGCGACAUCAAGGACAGAUUCGCCAACGGGCGCCAGCGGCAACGCCACAGCGCUGGGCCCGCACGGCGACGGUCUCAACGCGUCGGAUCACGUCACUCGUCGGCGAGCCCCGAGCGCCAGUCGAAGCGACGGCGAGACGCCCCAGAGUUCGAGCCGCACUCUCGGCGGAGUCACGCAGCCGCGACGUCCAGGGCGAGGUCACCGACUGACGGCUCUCCCGCGGAGUCGACCGCGGGAGCUCGCGGCCGCCAUCGCUCCGCCGCUUCACAGGCACCAGGUGCGGUGGCCCGAAAAGACAGGAAGCAGUCACUUCUGCGAGGACAGCGCAACGCCAGCCCUUCCAGGGCGAGGUACGAGAUGGGCGACACCACGUGCUAUGUGGCCAAGGCCGGCGACGAGGACGUUGCCGCCGCCGCCUUUGCGGAGCAGCGCUAUGGUCCACCCACUGUCCCUCCGAGCGUGCAGAGCGAACGGCGCCCUGUGCCGAUGGCCCGACGCCGACAGCAGCCUUCGACGGCGCCGCCCGAGCGUGAUGUCGGGGUAGCCGGCGCUGCGGGCGGCGUGAACUCGGAUCGCUGGUCCAGUUCCAGUUCGGUCACCGUCGAGGUAAAAUGUCGCGGUGCGCCCCGACCUGCCGAACGCCGCAGCUCAAUGGCGCCGAGCACCGCCAAGCACGGCAGGCCGCUCUCCCCGAGGGAUCUUGCCGCAGCAGACGCUGCAUCUUCCAUAGAAAUAUCUUCCGCUGUGGCCCUUUCGCCUGUCUCCCCGGGAAAGCGUGCGGUCAACAUUGACAUCGAGUUCAAUAAGCCAACUGCGGCGGGAAGCAGCCAGGGGAUGCUUUUGCGAUCCAUAUCGAUGAACGUGGAGAAGAUCAUCGGACGGCUGCUUGCUCCGCCGCGCUCCGACAGCCGCAGCCAGCUCGUCAGAGGCCCUCCAGGACUCCCGAGAGGAGCAUAUGCCCCGCCAUGGCAAGUUCCAAGGGGAUACAUGCCCGGAUGGCGCCCCGCUCAACCGGUCUGGGAUCCUUAUGCUAGGGCAUGGCGAAUUCCAAAGGCGCGCAAGCGACGGCAGUCCACAGGCCGAGGCGAAGUCGGCGGUCAAAUUCCGACUGCGGAUGCUCACGCUCACUUCACGGCGAUUACCGAGGACACCAGGUCACGUGCCGGCGAGCCCGUUGAUGAGAGUGGCGGAGUUGCCCCACCAAGCGACGAAUUGCUGAGACGAGAAAUGAUGGAAGGAGUGCCUAGCAUUCUGGACAGGAUGGAAGACUCGCUAACAGACCAGGUCAAAGCAGCGGAAACAGCCGCCGCUGUAAGAAGGGCUUCUGGCGGAGAGUCUCUGAAGUACGAAACUGCAGGGGGCAUUCCGGACAUUCUGGACAGGAUGGAAGAGUCACUCGUGGACCAGGUCAAGGCAGCGGAAAUAGCUGCCGCUAUCAGAAGGGCUUCUGGUGGAGAGUCUCUAAAGCGCGGAACUACAGAGGAUAUUCAGGGCAUUCUGGACAGGAUGGAAGAGACUCUCGUGGACCAGGUCAAGGCAGCGGAAAUAGCUGCCGCUAUCAGAAGGGCUUCUGGUGGAGAGUCUCUAAAGCGCGGAACUACAGAGGAUGUUCAGGGCAUUCUGGACAGGAUGGAAGAGACUCUCGUGGACCAGGUCAAGGCAGCUGAAAUAGCUGCCGCUAUCAGAAGGGCUUCUGGUGGAGAGUCUCUAAAGCGCGGAACUACAGAGGAUGUUCAGGGCAUUCUGGACAGGAUGGAAGAGUCACUCGUGGACCAGGUCAAGGCAGCAGAAAUAGCUGCCGCUAUGAGAAGGGCUUCUGGUGGAGAAUCUCCGAAGCGUGAAACUGCAGAGGGUGUUCAGGGCGUUCUGGGUAGAAUAGAAGAGUCGCUCGCUGCUCAGGCAGACGAUGUAAAGAUUUUUGCAGAGGACAAGAAACAAAGACCUAAACGCAGGAAAAAAGGCAAGGCCGCGGCAGCAGACACCGAGAUUACUUCUACUCGCGCAACAGAAACGACGAAGAAGAAAAGAAAAGCUAGGAAGUAUGCCCAUGAAGAAGAGAAAACGGAAGUGGACGAAACCACACUGAAGUCAAAACGCCGGAAAUCCGGCGUUAGAGAGGCGGUGUCUUCGACUGGUACUGGCGCAGAGAAGAAAGGAAAGAAGGGGGAAAGAUCUGCCCAGGAUGAAGAAAAAACGCAAAUGGAGGGAACGACGCUCUCGACAAAGCGCCGAAAAUCCAGUGCCACGGGAGCGGCUUCUUCCGGUGCUGCCGGGAAGAAGCAGAGAAAGAUGUCGAAGCAGGCAGAGAAGACGCUGAAGAAAGAAGGCGAGGAGCAGGGCGACGCUGAAGUCUCUUCACCUGGAGCCGUCAAAAAAAAGAAAAAAAAGAAGUCGAAGAAACGCCAACAACCGGAGGACGACGCACUUCAAAAGAUAGCGGAAGCCGGAGCGCUAGAUGAUAUGAUUAAGGAGGAGCUCAAAAUUUUGGCCGUCGUUGAAGAGUCGCUUCCGGUUGAGGUAAGAACAGCGCCACUGGAUGUCGAUGGCCAAAAGCCUCCCGACGACGACGACUCACCAGAACGUCAUGCUGAAGGCGCGCAUGAUAUUUUGGUCGACAUGGAGGAGGCGCUGCUGAAAGAGAUCGAAGCAAUGGAACCGGCUAGCCCACAGAAAGAGGCUCCCGGCGACGUUCCCAUCGGUCGUGAAAUUGAAGAGGCUCGGCAGGGUGCUGUGGACAGGAAACAGGCCGAGAAAGGGGAGACGGCGACUUACGCUGACUUGCCGCGUGAAGAAAAGCCUGAAACUGUGGCUUGGCCGGAGAAACCUUCUAAGCGUCACAAAAAGAAGCCGAAAGAUAGAGACGACAGUCGUCUAGUGGAGAGGACGGCUGUCACUGCUCUGGACGUAGCGGAACGUGAUAAGGCCGUGGAGUCCAGGAUUGCGCCCUGGAAGACUCCAGAAGAGGGGUACUAUGGCGUGGACAAAGCUGCUGCCAGCGCGACGGAAAGGCAGGCUGAGAAGGUGCCGGAAGGGGAAGCGAUUACAGAGGUGGGAAAGAGUACGCUUGGUUCCGGCAAAGAAAGCGCGUCGAAGAAAGGGCACAAGAAAAAGAAAGCCGGCGGAAAGAAAAAGAAGUCCAAAGAGAAAUCCGACGCGGAAAAGAGCGCGCUUACAUCUGUAUCCGAGAUGCACACCGCGUCGCAGAGUGGAGCACCGAAGAAGGGGCACAAGAAGAAAGGAAAAAAGAAACACAAGGAUAAGCGACAUCAGCCGAAGGGUUCCGCGAAAAAAAUGGAAGUGGAGACGGGUACGAUCGGUCAGAUUGCGCUCAAGCACGAGCGGGGUCUUCCAGGGUCGGGAGAAAAAAAGAAGCCCGACGAGCACACGGCAGCUGGAGACAAGACGGCCGAACUGACCUCGGAGCUUCCGGUGCCGAAGCACAGCAUAAUGAAGGGGUCUUCCGAUUCGAGAAGGAGGUCCAAACAACUCGAGAGUGCGCUAAUGGAAGUCCUGCCAAGCGGGCCUCCAGCUGUGCCGCCCACGUUCGACAGCGCUGCCGCGGGUGGAGAGCUCGGGCGCAAGCCAGCCGGAAGAAAAUCGCGGCAAUCGCUGAGUGUACCGGCCGGAGCGCAGGAGCUGGAAGAGUGCCUGGAAGUCUUCGAAGGAGCCGCUGCAAUGCCGCUCAUGCUGCAGUCACCUGCGAGGCGGCGGUCUGUUUCUGCACCCAGGAGUGCACUUUCACUGGAGGAGGGAGCCGUGCCUCGUGCGCCCGGUGAGGUGGACUUGGACACUGCCACCGCUCGUCAUGCGGCGAAGCUUAAGAAGGCCCUCAGGGCGAAGCAGCGCAAGGAACCAGAGACCGGUACCGCUGAUGAGACCACGUUCAAGUGGUCCACGUCGACCAUGCCGAGCUUCGUACGCGAGAUGUUCUUCUCCACGCAUCGUUGGGGCAUGAGCACGCCUCCGACAUGCGAGCCGUCCCGCGGGAUGAAGUGGUCCACCAGCCACAUAGGUCGUCGAGGCUCAAUCAUGAGGCCCACUCCGUCGCUCGUCCCGUCGCCGCCUUCGCCCGGUCGACGGCCCAGCAUUGUGCGCAUUUGCCCGCAGAGCAUCUCCCUCAAAGAGAGCAGGCCGCCCAAGCCGCCCGGCCAGAAAAAGAAAAAGAAAAAGAAGAAACCCAAGGGCAAGUCGGUGCUCACGCCGGCGGGCGCGCUGACGAGCGCGCUGACGAGCGCGCCUGCCACCCCAUCCGUUCAGAGCCCGACGAGCGGGAUGACCGGAGUCACGUCCCUCGGCACCAGCCAAACGGCGUCGUUGGCGGAGCCGCUGCCCGCCGCAUCCUCGGCUACAUUGCAGUACGACGCCACAGGAACCCCCGUGAGCGCAUCAGUCAAGCUUCGACCAGCAAAGGUCGAAGCUCCACCGCCAGCACAAGGGCACAAGAAGCACAAGAAAAAGCGCAAGAAAAAGGACAAAAAAGACUCGAAGCCUCACGCGAAAGGCAAGAAAGCUGGCUCGAAGACGAAAAGGAGACACAACAAGGAGGAAGUGGGCGCUGUUUUAGCAACGGGAGUUCAGUCAGUGCCGAUAAUAGUCGCGGAGCCCAGUGUUACCGUGCAGCCGGUGGCCGAGGUGGCUCCGCGGCGUCCAUCACAGCCGGAAGGCCCCGGAGUGGACACGGCGACGACCGGCCUCGAUCCUAAAAUGACCCAGAUGCAGGCAGCAGACGUGCGCCCGUUAGUGCCAGCGGAGGGAGUCGCGGCUGGGGCUGAGACUGUGGCCAAAGGACCUGAGAAACCAGAAGACAAAACUGAUUCGAAAAAAGGCAAGAAGUCUAAGGGAAAGGGCAAGAAACGCAAGAAGAGAAAGAAGGGCGAGAAGGGCAAGAAGGGCGAGAAGGGCAAGAAGGGCAAGAAGGGCAAGAAGGGCGAGAAGAAAAAAAGGAAAGGAAAAAAGGGCGCCCGUAAAGGUGCAGGAGGAGUGGUCGUGGAGCACAAGGAGGGCAACAUGGCGCUCCUUGCCGUAUGCUGGCUCCUGCUGGCCGUGUGCAUCAUCAUGAUCGCCGUCCUGGCUUUCUAUUUCAUCAUCGCCAAGGGACCGUCUCAGCCGGAGGAUACAACGGUGCUAUCGACGCUGCUGACGCCUAUCGUAACGUGGGAGACAACUUUAAGCAGUCGAUCGUCCACCGGAGGAGCGGGAACGCCUAGUACAGAGCCGGGUAGCCAGACGACCCCUGCGAAACCACCACCAACACCACCGCCGCCGUUGCCACCGCCACCGGGGGUAACGAUGGGCGCCGGCGUGUACGAGUGUUCGACAUCGUUCUGCAACAGCGAAGCGGCCUACCUCAGUUCGUUGAUUGACCACGCAAAGACACCUGCGUGCGUAAACUUCUACAAGCACGUGUGCGACCGCUGGGCGGAGGUCCACCGCGUUCCGCGGGGCCCCGGCGCGUUCGUCUCGACCGACAGCCUGCUGCAGGACGAGCUCCUGCGCGCGUUGCUGGCGACCGCCAAACUGUCGAAAGAGCCGGACAUCAUCCACGCCACCGGCGUCUAUGAAGCCUGCACGCAGCGCAACAAGUUCUAG